AUGCAGCGCCUGAAGGACGAACGGGAUUUCCACCACCCGUACGAGCCCUACGACAUCCAGAAGCAGUUUAUGAAUGCUGUUUACGAUUGUCUGGAAGAUGGCAAAGUCGGCAUAUUCGAGUCGCCCACUGGAACCGGCAAAUCGUUGAGCCUUAUCUGCGGGUCGUUGACCUGGCUACGCGAUUACAAAAGACGGACCCUCGAGGACGGCUUAGCUGCGGAUACCGGAGAUAGUGACGAACCUGCAUGGAUCUUGGAGCAUGCUCGCAAGCAGAGAAAGCAUGUAGCCCUUGCUCGAAAGCAGGAUCUCGAAGAUCGCAUCGCCAAGAUCAAAGCCAAGGAGAAGCAGACCAAAGAUCGCUAUGUAAACGAGAAACCACGAUACAAGCGACAAAAGACAGCAGCUAACGAUGCAAAUGAUGACGUGGACGAAGCCCAAUUUGCUUUGAACGAUUAUGAGAGUGAUAACGACGGCACUGGCCGUCACAAGCCGCAAUCCGUAAGUGAGUCGGGACUGUCUACAGAAAAUCAAGUACUUCUAGAGCAGCUGGGUUACUCAAGCAAACCCAAAGAAGAAGAUGCCGAUGAGGUGCCAGACGAUACCAAGAUCUUCUUCUGCUCUCGGACGCACUCUCAACUUACGCAGUUUUCGAGCGAGCUUAGUCGUGUCAAGAUGCCCCCAGCUAUAACUCAGGAAGUGGUCACUCAAGCGGACGACGAAGCUUCUCUGGCAGAAGAUGUCAAAUAUCUCACCCUAGGUUCACGCAAAAACCUUUGCAUCAAUCCAAAGGUUAACACGCUCCGGCAUUCGACCGCUAUCAAUGAGCGUUGCAUGGAGUUGCAACAGCCUAACACUCCAUCCGAGUCCAAGUGUCCGUUUAUGCCACGCAAGGAGAAUGAAGCUUUGGUGAACGAGUUCCGCGAUCAUGCGCUGGCAAAGGUCAGGGACAUCGAAGACCUGGGUGUGCUGGGUAAGAAGCUCGGGAUAUGUUCGUACUAUGCUUCGCGCCCAGCGACUAAGUAUUGUGAGAUCGUAGCGCUUCCAUAUCCCUUAUUACUCCAGAAGUCCGCUCGUGAAGCGCUUGAUCUGUCGCUCAAAGAUCACAUUGUCAUCAUUGAUGAAGCGCACAACUUGAUGGAUGCGAUAGCGGGAGUAUACUCAGUCUCUGUAACUCUUCAUCAGGCCCAGGAAGCUCGCACCCAGCUCACGAUAUAUCUGCAGCAUUUUCGCAACAAGCUCAAAGGCAAAAAUAGAGUCUAUGUUGCGCAGAUACUUCGUUUGAUUGACUCCGUCGUCGCAUACCUUCAGGCCAAGGCAUCCGAUAUAAAGAUGUCGGAUGGCAUAGUUGAUAUUCGCGCCUUGCUGACCGGCAAGGGACUUGAUCAGAUCAAUGUCUAUAAGCUCAAUGCAUACCUACAGAAAAGCCGUCUAGCUCGGAAAGUUGAUGGUUAUACUACAUAUGCAGCACAGGCGCGAGAUCUCAGCCAGGAAAACACUGAAGAUCGGGGACCGAGACAGACUGUUCCCGUUUUGACUCAAGUUCAAGCCUUGCUCCUAGCUUUGAUGAAUCCUUCGGAAGAAGGCCGCUUUUUCUACUCGUCAGAAGAGGCAUCCAGCGUGAUGCUCAAAUACAUGCUCCUGGAUCCUACUUUCCACUUCAAGGAUGUGGUAGAAGAUGCCAGGGCCGUUGUUCUCGCGGGAGGCACUAUGUCUCCAAUGAGUGAUUAUGAAGACCACCUACUCUCAUACCUGGACCGCUCAAAUAUCCUGACCCUUUCGUGUGGCCACGUCAUACCCUCUUCGAGCUUACUCGCAGUUCCAAUGAUCGACCUUGCGCAUACCAUCUUAAGUCUUGUACAGCAUGUACCCGAUGGUGUGGUUGUUUUCUUCCCAAGCUAUUCGUACCUAGACACGUGCACUGUCGCCUGGAAGAGGAUACGAUCCGCGUCACUGUCUGGAUCCUCUUCGCUCUGGGAUUCUAUACUCGACAUUAAACCCAUCUUUCUCGAGCAACGUAGCCAGCCGUCAUCGAACAACUCUGCAGCUGCAAAGGAAGACGCGAGAGAUUCGGUCUUGGUUGCAUACAGUAGCGCCAUUGCUUCGGGUAAAGGCCGAGGAGCGGUCCUCUUUGCCGUGAUUGGCGGCACCCUAUCUGAGGGUAUCAAUUUCAGUGAUGCCUUGGGCCGCGCGGUAGCAGUGAUUGGGCUGCCUUUCCCGAACCCACACUCUGCAGAAUGGAAAGCAAAAUCGCAGUACAUCUUCACCAAGGCAACAAGUCAAGGGCGAGACGGCAAAGCCGCUGCGCGCGACUUCUACGAGAAUGUGUGCAUGCGCGCCGUAAACCAGAGCGUAGGACGAGCGAUCCGACAUCGUGGAGACUACGCCGCCAUUCUUCUGCUUGACAGACGGUACGCUGCGCCGCGCAUUCAGGCUAAGUUGCCUCGCUGGAUCCAGAAUAGCCUGGCAGAUGGGACGGGAAUCCGAGAGGUGGAAAAACGCCUAGAUAGAUUCUUCGCGGAGAAGGAUAUAUAG